UUCCAACAACGACCGAGUCCUUAUCACACCCCUAUCCGCAAACCUAUGCGCACCCUACAGGCUACUGGCCCGAAGCUAUCAACAUGAGCGGCAGGCUCACCUCCGCACGCCUUGCCCAGAUCGCGCGCCGAACCCCCGCGAACACGCCACGCCUGCAUCGUCUCUUCUACACGACCAACAAGCUCCCCAGCGGCGGGCUUCUGCGGAAUGGCGCCGGCGCACGACUGGCCCAGCGGAGGGCAUGGCCUCUAGGAAGCUACGCACUGCACAACCUGCCUGCCACCCGGUCGAUCAGUUUUGCGAGGGUGAUUCCGAAACUCGUUACCAAAUUCGCAACGGCUGGGGCUGCAGCUGGAGGCGCUGUCAUUGCAGGAGUGAGCUACAUACAGUACCAGGCAGGACAGGCAGGGAGCUGGGCCGUGAACAUCUUCAACAAAACCUACGAUGGGGCCUCUGAGAUUGCAGGUGAGGGCGUGGACACCGUCUCUGGUAUCUUUGGACGCAUCUCCGACGGCUGGGGCAAGACCAAGGAAGACUUGCAAAAGGUGGAGACGCCAGAGUGGCUGCAGCGACUCAUCGCUAAGGACGAGUCUGGCGGAGACGAGGGCGGACACGGUCGAGGGCAGGGGCCUGAAGAGCCCAAGAAGGGCGGCGCUGCAGCGGCUGCAGCAGGUGUAGGGGCCGCUGCGGCGUAUGCGCCCGCAGAUGAGGACGAAGACAGGACCGAAGAAGAGAAGAUUGCUCGAGAUGAGCAGAUGAUGAUGUUGACCAAGAAGAUGAUCGAGAUCCGGGGCCUUCUGCAGACGGUCGGACAGUCGGAAUCGCUCACCCUGCCCUCAAUCGUCGUCAUUGGGUCGCAGUCGUCGGGCAAGAGUUCAGUUCUCGAGGCAAUUGUCGGACAUGAAUUUCUACCCAAGGGCCACAACAUGGUCACUCGUCGUCCAAUCGAACUCACUCUGGUCCAUACUCCGGAUGCAAGCGCCGAGUACGGAGAGUUCCCAGCGCUGGGCUUGAGCAAGGUCACCGAUUUUGGCCAGAUCCAGAAGACGCUAACUGACCUGAACUUGGCCGUCCCUGUGACAGACUGCGUUUCCGACGACCCAAUCCAACUACGGAUUCACUCUCCCAAUGUUCCAGAUCUAUCAUUGAUUGAUCUUCCCGGGUAUAUUCAAGUUGUUGGAAGAGACCAGCCUCCUGAGCUCAAGGAAAAGAUCGCGCAGCUGUGUGAGAAAUACAUCAAGCCACCGAAUGUAAUCCUGGCUAUCUCAGCUGCCGACGUCGAUUUAGCGAACAGCACCGCCCUGCGCGCCUCCCGAAAGGUCGACCCCAGGGGCGAGCGAACGAUUGGGGUCAUCACGAAGAUGGACCUUGUUGACGCCGAGCGAGGAGCAAGCUUACUCAGUGACAGGAAAUAUGCCCUGCGUCUAGGGUACGUUGGCGUUGUCUGCCGCGUUCCAUCCAACGCUUCCGGUUCGAAACUCUUCAGCCGUGGUAAUGGCAACAUUACGAAUGCUAUUGCCAAAAAUGAGAACGCUUAUUUCGGCUCGCAUGCGGAAUUCUCGUCAGACUCGCAACUUGCCGUUGGCACAUCCAACCUCAAGAAAAAACUCAUGUAUGUCCUCGAGCAGACCAUGGCUGCCAGUCUGAAGACGACAAGCGAGGCGAUCCAACGGGAACUAGCGGAAGCCACAUACGAAUACAAAGUUCAGUAUAACGAGCGACCUUUGAGCGCUGAAUCGUACUUGGCAGAGUCCCUAGACGGUUUCAAGCACUCAUUCCGGGGCUUUUCUGAUGCUUUUGGACGCCCACAAGUGCGCGAGCUCCUCAAGCACGAACUCGACCAACAAGUCUUGAACCUGCUCGCCCAGCGUUACUGGAACAGGCCAUUCGAAGACCUCAGCCCACCUUUACCAGAAACCGACCCGCUCAGCAGCCUCCCAAAAGCCGACCCGGAAGGCGAACACCAAAUUUGGCAAAUCAAGCUCGAUAGCUCCAGCGCCGCACUGACAAAGCUUGGUGUUGGACGACUUGCAACGAGCGUCGUUGCUAACGCCAUCCAAGCCCACAUUGACCGCCUCGUGGCUAACUCGCGAUUCGCUGCCCAUCCUUUCGCCAGGCAAGCUAUCACCGAAGCUUCGACUUCGAUCUUGAAGGACCUGUCAUACGACAUUGCAGAUGAGCUGGAGAUAUGUAUCAAGCCAUACAAGUACCGCAUAGAGCUAGAAGAUAACGAAUGGGCACGUGGCCGCGAGAAUGUCACCGCCGUCCUCAAGGAGGAGCUUAAGGUGUGCGAAGCCGCAGCGAAACGAUUAGAAGACCAGGCUGGCGGGCGAAAGAAGGUCAGAGAUGUGAUGGCAUUCAUCGACCGCGUAAGGAACGGCCAGGUCGUUCUGGAGGGUGAUGGCAUUGGUGGUGCUGGAGGCUUCAGCGCCCCUCUUCUCGCUAAAGGUCGCGAAGCAGUCUUCCUACGUGACCGUACCGACGUUCUUAAGAUGCGUCUCCUUGCUGUCAAAUCAAAACAGUGCGCGAACAAGAAGAACAAAUACCACUGCCCAGAAGUCUUCCUCGACGCUGUGGCAGACAAGCUGACCACCACCGCCGACCUAUUCCUCGACGCAGAGCUCCUUUCAAAAUUCUACUACAACUUUCCCCGCGAACUCGACGCUCGCCUUGGCCGUGGCCUCUCCCAAUCCGAAAUCGACCGCUUCGCCCGUGAAGACCCCAAGAUCCGGCGCCACCUGGAUGUCGUGCGCCGCAAAGACCUGCUUGAGACCGUGCUAAAGGAGAUGGAAUCUCUACGGCAGCUUGAGGCACGAGAAAAGCGGUCGAUCCGGCGAGAGCCGAAGGAGGAGCGGAGGAAGGGCGGAUGGAGCUUGUUCUAAUGUAUAGCGCUUACGAUAGGCUUAGAUUGGCGUUCUGGGUGUUCUGACAAGAGGGUUGUUUGGUGAUACCAUGUAUGAGGCAUCGCUGCUCCAGAGCUAGUGUGUAUUUUGAGUAUUGUACAUUGUAUGGACGACUCUGCCCUGAACCGAUAGUACACUAUGCGUCUACUGUGAAC